AUGAGCGCCUUCAAAAGAUAUCAGAGCAAGGUGUUCUGGAACCAAAUGGCUGUACAUGAUCUGGAGGACGAUCAUUUUGCAGGAAGAAACGAUCCUCCGCGUUACUCUCUUAACGAAUGUAAAAAGGAGGAACCGAAAGAAGAAGAAGAAGAAAAUUCGACCAAAUCGGAAAACGACACGGUCGACAAUGCGAAUAUUACCGCAAUACACGUGUGUAAUAAAAGCGACGAAAAUAUAAAACAGAACGAGUGUCGGAUUUCAUUGAUACGCGACGAAAGUUUGACGCGUCGCAGAAUGACAACGGACGAGACGGAUAAAAGAGAAGAGAGGGAGGAGGAGGAGGAGGAGCGCGAGAUAAGAAAUAGAUCUUAUAGCCCUUUGAGUCAGGAUUUCAAGAGCCAGGACUCCGGAUUCUCCGAUUCCGAAAGAUCGGACUGCUCGGAGGCUUAUGAAAACGCGACUCCGAGACGGAAAUUGAGGACGAAACGAGUAAGGAGACGCAGAAUUCAGCUGGCUUCACCGUGGCUAGAAGAGGGAUCUUCCCCGAUGCCGACGCACACAUCCACGCCGAAAGAUACCAGGAUAUUCGCAAGGCAUCGUUUCAGGAAAUCCGCAAGCAGCCUAUCACGAGAACGGAGAGCUGACGAGAAGCGGGACGAGGCGUCGAAAGUACCCUCCUCCGUCUCGGUGCAGUCAGGAGAGAAUCUGUGCGACUUUUUGUACGCGUCCGAGCCGCCGGAAGACAGCGUUCAGCCGUCAAUAACGAAAUCGCGGGCUUCCACCAACGGAAGCGCGAACGCGACUGCUGUCGGCAGGGAUGUGUUGAACUCGAGAAAUUAUCGUCAAUCGUCGUCCAUGAGGGCAUGGCUGACCGAUCUCGCUACGACGACCGAAAGCGAAUGCGGCAGCACGCUUCAAAGCAAGAAUCUUCCGCGCAGAGGAGUUCGAGUGAUGUCCGGCGAAGUUCACGCGCGGGAUCUAAAGAAGCUGUCCUCCGCGGCCACCGCUGCCGCAAGCAAACUUCUGGUUAGCGCGGAACACUUCGAGCAGCAUUAUCGGAGCAUCGUGGAGAAAAUAACUCAGUUGGAAGGCGGCAGAUUCGAAAUGGAGCUUCUUCGUAGUAUAGAGGAAACCGCGUUUUCGAUUCUCUCUCAACUGGGCGCACCUCCUCCUCGCAGAAUACAGCAAGGUAAUCAAAGGAGCAUUGUCGCGCAGUUGCAAAAUAUGAAGAUGUACGUCGACAGCACGGUCGACACGCGCUUGGACUUUUACAUAGAGAAAAUAGUCCGAAGUCUCGAGGAAGCUCCACGGGGAGAUAGUAGCGUGACUAGAGGCGCUUUGGCAGCUCUGACGGCUCUAGGAUUAUCGGAUCCUCGCGCUGGAAGCAGCAUAGCUCGGUGUUCCGGCAUAAAGGCCCUCUUGACGUGUCUCGUUACCAUCGGUCAUACACCGGACGAUCUCGUCGCGACCUCGUUACGCGCUCUGGCCAGCGCGUGCAGCUCCGCAACCGCGAUCGAGUAUUUCGCUCGAGAAGGCGGUCCCGAAAUCCUGACGGAUCUCCUGAACGCGGAAUCCACUUCCGAGAAGGAGAAGACUGAAGCCACUGCUUUGGUGGUGCAAAUCACAGCGUCGUGGACCAACGCGCGGGGUUUACCGUACCUCGAACCUUUCGCGGACUCGUUGAUUCCGUCGUUGAAUUGGGUGGUCGAGAAUACCAAUUGCGCGCAGACUCUGCUGUUGGCCGCCGCAGCGCUGAAUCAGUUGUCCAAGUCGCGGAUAUGCGCUACGAUUAUACUUGAAGAGGAUAGCGUGAGGAAGCUCCUGAGAAGCGUGAAGAAAUUCGUCGGUGGUAAUGUGUGGCUGAUGGAGCAGGUCGCCGCGUUGAUCGGUGAACUAGCGCGGCUUCCCGAAGGCCGAUCGCAUCUAGCAAAGGCGCGAGCCUCUGUAGCGCUAGUUUCUUUUCUCCGAAUGAGGCCACCAGGCUUAGAGGACGCGUACAAGCGGCUGGAGGUCACCGCGACAGCCGCGCUAACUCGACUCUGCGUGGAGCCGGAGAUCGCAAGACAGGUGGUCGCCGUCGGCGGCGGGGAUUGCCUGUCAGAGCCAUACAAAGUAAACGAGCCCGAAGCGGAUCAGAAGGAUGAGGAGGCACAAACGGGAACGGGCUUGUUCAGGUACACCAGAUCGUUAAGACGGGCCUGCAAGAAGGCCGCGAAGCAGAUCGGGAUCGCAAAGGCCAAGGAUCACAGCCCACUGGACUGAGGGGAAAAUUCUGGAAAGGAAAAAAAAUUCAUUGUAAUAAUUCGUACAAUGAUGAACAAGUUAAACGCACAAAGAGAAGACUGUAAAUAUGUUUUACAAUCACGAGCUAUAAUAUAAUCACGGUAUUUUAUUAUAUUAUAAAAAAGCGUAACGCGGGGAAAACAAGUAUGUAUGUUAAAAAUGUACAGAUUUACAUGUAAUUUUCGACGCACCGUAUUGCAAGGUUGUGUACUGUAAAAAAUAUGAAUACUUUAUUUUGUAAUGUGCUAAAAAAAUGUGCCAUAAUACACAUACGCAUUUAUAAAAAUAUAUAUAUAUC